CAGUUGCUGCUAUAAAGUAUAUCCUCUCCCGGAGACAGAUAAGAAGCCCGAGACAGGAGGGGGAUGAAGAUGGCGGACGCCAAGCAGAAGAGGAACGAGCAGCUGAAGCGGUGGCUGGGCUCGGAAACGGACCUGGAGCCCCCGGAGCUGAAGAAGAAGAAGACGAAGGUGAAGUUCGACGAUGGCGCCGUGUUCCUGGCCGCCUGCUCCAGCGGCGACACGGAGGAGGUUCUGCGAAUGCUCGACCGGGGAGCCGACAUCAACUACGCCAACGUAGACGGACUCACCGCCCUCCACCAGGCAUGCAUAGAUGACAACGUAGACAUGGUGACAUUCCUGGUGGAGCAUGGAGCCAGCAUCAACCAGCCCGACAACGAGGGCUGGAUCCCCCUCCACGCUGCAGCGUCCUGCGGAUACCUAGACAUAGCAGAGUAUCUGAUUAGCCAGGGUGCCAAUGUAGGAGUUGUGAAUAGUGAGGGCGAGACACCUAUGGACAUCGCUGAGGAGGAGGCGAUGGAGCAGCUCCUGCAGAACGAGAUCAACCGACAAGGGUUGGAUAUCGAGGCCGCCCGGAAGGAGGAGGAGCGGAUCAUGCUGAGGGACGCCCGGCAGUGGCUCAACAGUGGCCAGAUUCAGGACAUCCGGCACGCCAAGUCCGGAGGAACGGCGCUCCAUGUAGCUGCUGCGAAGGGAUACGUCGAGGUUUUAAAGCUUUUAAUCCAAACAGGGUAUGAUGUAAAUAUUAAGGACUAUGACGGCUGGACUCCUCUACAUGCAGCUGCACACUGGGGCAAAGAGGAGGCUUGUCGGAUACUGGUGGAGAAUCUAUGUGAAAUGGACCUCAUCAAUAAAAUGGGCCAGACACCUUUUGAUGUAGCCGACGAAGAUGUUCUGGGAUAUUUAGAGGAACUACAAAAGAAGCAAAAUCUGCUGAUGAGUGAGAAGAAAGAUGUUAAGAAAUCUCCUUUGAUUGAAACAACCACCCCGGGGGAUAACAACCAAUCACUGAAGCCACUCAAGAGCAAAGAAACACUGCUUCUGGAGCCAGAGAAGAGCGCCCCACGCAUCGAGACCUUAGAACCGGAGAAGGUGGAUGAAGAGGAGGAGGGGAAGAAGGACGAAUCAAGCUGCUCCAGCGAGGAAGAGGAGGAGGAAGAUUCCGAGUCGGAAACAGAAGCAGACAAGAGCAAGCCUUCAGCAUCGGUGAGCAACAGCACAACGCCCGUCCCCGCCAGCAUCACCGCGUCGUCUCCCACGAGCCAGACCAACCAGGUGACACCCCCCACUUCGCCGGUGAAGAAGGUCGCUCCGGUCGCUCAGAUCCCUCAGGUCCCUCAGGUCGCUCAGGUCGCUCAGCCCGCUGGAAAGGUCUCCGCUAAAGUGGAAGAUGACAGGAAGGACGAGUCUCCGUCGUCUUGGCGUCUGGGUUUGAGGAAGACGGGCAGUUACGGGGCACUAGCGGAGAUCACGGCCACCAAGGAGGCUCAGAGGGAGAAGGACAUGACCGGGGUGAUGCGCUCAGCCUCAAGCCCUCGCCUCACCUCAUCUCUGGACAACAAGGACAAAGAGAAGGAGAAGGACAAGGUAACACGGCUUGCCUACGUGGCCCCGACCAUCCCCAGGAGACUGGCCAGUACUUCAGACAUCGACGAGAAGGAAAACAGGGACUCGACUGCCCUGAUUCGUAGCGGCUCCUACACCCGACGACGCUGGGACGACGACCUGAAGAACAGCGAAGGAAGCGCCUCCACCAACCGAACCCCCAGCUACCAGCGCAGCACUUCCCAUACGCUAGCGCUAGGGCGGAGCGGCAGCACGCGGGACGUGCCAGCCAAGUCUUCGUCCACCUCCAGCUUGGACCCUAACACCUGUAAUACUAAACCCUGGCAGCCACCCUCCUCCCACUACCAGUCUUACAGCAUUUACCGCAGCGGCUCUUUUGGCAGAAGACACGAGGACCUGAGCUCCUCGACUACGUCCCCCUCCACGACCACCACCACCUCCUCAUCUGUUACCUCGCCCACGGGCCAACGCGGCUUGCUCUCCAGCCUGGGCUCCUCCUCCACACGCACUGGCUCCACCAGUCUCACCAGCAGGUACUGGUCAGAGGAGAGUGCAGAGAGGGAGAAGGAGAAGGAGUCGGCUGCAGUCAUCCCCACUAUUAACACUGGCUCUACUACUACCACCACCACUACCGGCAUAUCUACCACUACCACCGCUGGCACUGGCACUGGCCCUGAAAGACGCAGGUCCUAUCUGACGCCAGUGCGAGACGAGGAGUCAGAGUCCCAGAGGAAAGCUCGCUCCAGACAGGCUCGUCAGUCGAGAAGGUCCACUCAGGGUGUGACUCUCACCGACCUGCAAGAGGCUGAGAAAACCAUCGGCCGGAGUCGUCCCCCAAAGACCCGUGAGGAGGAGAGGGAGGAGCGAGAGAAGCAGGACAAGGAGAAGCAAGAGGAGAAGAAGGAGACUGAGACCAAGGAGGACGAUUACCGAUCAAAGUACCGCAGCUUUGAAGAGCGUUAUCGGCCUUCGUCCUCCUCCUCGGCCAUAUCCUCAGUCAGCACCGCCUCCACCCCAUCCUACUCUAGUAACACAUUGUCCUCCAGCUCCAGCGCCCUCAACAGGCCCAACAGUCUGUCGGGGAUCACCUCCUCCUAUAGCCGCUCCUCCAGGGACACAGAAAAAGAAGCAGACAGAAAGGAGGAGGAGAAGGAGGGAGAGGACAAGUCUCAGCCCCGCUCCAUACGGGAUCGCAGGCGGCCCCGCGAGAAGAGACGCUCCACCGGGGUCUCCUUCUGGACCCAAGAUGGUGAUGAUAAUGACCCUGACCAGCUGUCGGACUCGGAGGAGGGCAGCACCAAGGGAGAGCCACUGAGUGACAGAUUGUCCAGGAAUGAGAGCACUUUAUCCUUAGAUCGCAACGACACUCUGUUCAGCCGCAGCUACGGUGAGAGUCGAAGGCCGUACUCCAGCCGACUGGACAGAGACGACAACACCGACUAUAAAAAGCUCUACGAGCAGAUCUUAGCCGAGAACGAGAAGUUGAAGGCCCAGUUACGUGACACGGACUCGGAGCUGGCAGACUUGAAGCUACAACUAGAGAAGGCCACACAGAGGCAGGAACGCUAUGCUGACCGAUCACAGUUGGAGAUGGAGAAAAGGGAAAGAAGAGCUCUAGAAAGGAAGAUUUCUGAGAUGGAGGAGGAACUUAAGAUGCUCCCGGACUUGAAAGCAGACAACCAGAGACUAAAGGACGAGAACGGAGCACUCAUUCGAGUCAUUAGCAAGCUUUCAAAGUAGAAACACACCCUACACCACCCCGCCCUGUCUUCUGCACCCCCCCUAUAGUCCCCCAUGGCAGUGACAAAUGGAAUUGCACAUUUAGAUAUUAAUUGCAACAGACAUCAGAGACGAGACUCCUAUUUUUUGUUUGGUUCUUUUUCUCCUCCCAACUCUUUAUCUCCCUUUUGCUCCUCCUCCUCCUCCACCUCCAUCUCCACCACCGCAGCAGCAUCCAUCCAUCCAUCAAUCUAUCCAUCCAUCCACCUCCUCGGCUGGUCAUCCACUCGAGCGUGCGGCUGCUGUCCUGAUAAGAACCACAGAGUUUACAGAGCAAAGAGGAAGACGGUUGCGUGAGCAGCAUGUAGACGCAUCGUGUGGGCGGGGAAAGCCCGAAAACUAUUUAACCAAUAAAGCCUUAGAUGUACAUAAAGAGACGCAAGGAAACAAACACUCGAUCUCUCCUCUCCUCUCUCGGCUAUCACUGAAGAACAGAUAUUAUCCAACACCUGAUUUUAUUUGUGCCACAAUCUUUAUUUCAUGUAUUGUUUUGUUUUUUGUUUCCUCUUCCUGUGUAAUGUUGUGUGCUGUGCAGUUUCCUUCUUCCACCCCUCAAAGUGCCACUUUCUGCCCCUCAUCAUCCAUGUGGCUCCUCCUCCUCUUCCUCCCUUCACACACAGAUCACCGACACACACACACACACACACACACAAACACACACACACACCUUCCCCUGACUUUUUUUUUUUUUUUGUACCUCUGUGUGUCUUCCUCCAAGAGGGAAAAAAAUUUGAAUUCUCGCUUUAGCGGAAAAAACGAGGCGGACCUGGUGGAAUUUAAGCUUUCACUGUAUGUGCAAUAUGCAUUUCUUCUUUUUAUUUUUUAUUUUUAAUGCUUUAAUGACGAGUCCAUCACAAGUAGGACUUCUCACUCUUCCACCGCUUCCAUCGCUCACCCUCCUCCCCCCUCUUUUUUUUUUUUUAAAGUUUGUAGUGUAGUCGGUUUAUAUUCUGUAUUUCUCACUUUUUUGUUUUAGCAGGUACUGAGUGAUGCUGUAUAUACCUGUAUGUAUUUGUUUGAGACCAGCACAUGGCAUGCGUUUAUGGUUCCCGUCUGUUACUUAUUAAAAAGUCUACAAAUUCCAGAGGACAAACAAGUUGUGUUUUUAAUUAUUAUUUUCCUGUUUUCAUAGCCUGAAGUCAUUGGAUACAGUAGAGUGGCAGUUGUUCAAGUGCUUCUUCAUUUUUUUUUCCAGUUUUUAAAAAAUUAAAGUGUUCACGUAAUUGUGAGAUUAAAGAGAAAAAUAAUCGCUUUCACUACAUUUCACUUUCAUUGUCUUCUGUAUCUUGGAAGACUGCUGUUCAUUCAUUUUUUGUUUUUUUUUAAAGCUGUAGUAUUAUAGCCAAGGUGUUGUCACUAAAAAAAAAGAAAAAGAGAAUAUCUUAGGUAUCGCUAACCCAGUCCUUUUUACAAUGUCUACAUGCACUGUCAAUGCCAUGUGAGGGUUCUUGAUGUCAGGUUCAAGCAAAAAAUCGCCACCAUCGAAUAUUCCAUGCAUCUGAAAACAUUUUACGCAUUUCAGUGGCCUUUUUAAGGAUAUUUUAGUCAUAUAAGUUGAAAAGGAGAAAGUCACUGCAGAUGGACCGAUGACCAUCGACUCUGGUUAAGACUUUAUUUUUUUUGUUUUUCUUUAUUUUUCUCCCAUCAUCUUGUAAAAUAGGUGUGUGGCUUAAAUACAUGCAAGCUGUGCUGUGACUACCAACCACUGAAGAGUUCAUUAAAAAUAAACUUGUACAUUGUAAA